UUUUGUUAUUUUCCAGAUUUUACACGAUGGCUUAUGCUGCUCUUAUUUCACUCAAACACGUCAUCGAGCAGAUCCCCCAGGAUGAGGAGAACCAACUAGUAGUAAAUUCUUCCAUCCUCAACCAACAGAAGCAACUAAUCAAAUCAAUCCACGAAAACAUCGCAGUUCUGGUGGAUUUUCUGAAUCGAUUCCCUCAGAAUCAGGACAGUCAAGAGUUGUUAGAAGAUCGAAUUAGGGAAGCAGCAAAUCGAGCAGAAGACAUAAUCGAGGGUGAGAUUUUGGAUGAUUUGUGUUUUCAUCAAUAUGGUUGUUGGGGUUUAAUGCGUUUCCCACGACAAGUUGUAAAGUAUUUUGUUCAACAGGCGAUUCUUCGAUUUGGAGGAAUGAUUCGUGUCAAGCUUUGUAAUAAGCUAAAGCUGCACCAAGAUUUACAAAGUGUCCUAAAAGAAGUUCAAGCUAUAGUCGAACAAGUGAAGAUUAUUGUGAAGAGUAGCAAAGGCGGAAAAGAUCUCAUUCUAACUCAUUCUUUUCGAUCUUCUUCUACUUCUUCAAACGUUUCUGCCAUUGGACUUGAAGAAGAUUUGGAUAAAAUUAGAAAAAAACUCUACAGAGGAUCAUCACAACUAAGUAUUAUUCCGAUUAUCGGGAUGGGAGGUAUCGGCAAGACUACUCUGGCGCGGUAUGCCUACGAUGAUUCUUUGGCUACAACGACAACCUCAAGGCACUUUGAUGUCCGAGCUUGGGUUACAAUCUCUAAAGGGUACGGCGUCAAGAAAAUUAUUUCAAGAAUCUUCGAUUCGAUAAAACAGUCUAAAGUUGAGAUACAUGAUAAGAUGGACGAGGAGGAGAUGGUAGUAAAUUUGUACAAGUUCUUGAAGGAUCGGAGAUAUCUAAUUGUAAUGGACGAUGUGUGGGAAACAAGUGGAUGGGACUAUUACUAUGACUUAAUCCGGGCAUUUCCGGAUGACGGUAAUGGAAGUCGGGUUGUAAUAACAUCUAGGCAAGAGGCUUCUUUCUUCGGUCCAUCCACUCGCCCUCAUCACAUGAAGUUGAUGGACGAAGUUCAAAGUUUGAAUCUUUUGAAGGAUAGGGUGUUUGGAAAAGAAGAUUGCCCGCCGGAGCUAGAGGAAAUUGGUGUUUUUAUCGUGAGAAAGUGCGAAGGGCUUCCUCUCGCCAUUGUGGUGAUCGCGGGAAUCCUCUCUAAGGCCGAUCCGAUGCAAGAAACUUGGGAAGAUGUCGCGGACAACAUCGAUGGAGCAAUGAAUAUGAACGACGACGAGGAUUUCGCACGGAUACUAUCCUUGAGUUAUACGCGCUUGCCGCAUCACUUGAGGCCUUGUUUUCUCUACAUGGCGAGUUUUCCCGAGAAUUAUGAGAUUCGUGUCUCUAAACUUUUCAAGCUGUGGAUUGCGGAGGGGUUUCUCGAAUCUAACGAUCCGGACAAGGCCGCGAAGGAUUGUUUGGAUGAUUUGAUCAAGAGAAGUCUUGUUUUGGUCGUGAAGAAGUCUCUCAAUGGAAGUAUCAAAUCUGUGAAGAUUCAUGAUCUUUUGAGAGAUCUUUGCAUAAAAAUUGCUCAAGAUGAGAAGUUUCUUCAAGUCGUGAACAAUAAGCACCCCGAGGAUGUAUCCAAUCUACGCCGCGUGAGCGCUUGUUCGUAUAUUUCGGAUACAUUUUGGCGCAGUACCGAGAAAUCAUCCAUAAGAACCGUUCUUCUACCUUUGCCAAGUAUGAACUUGAUCUUUUCUAAUAGUUUCCAUCUUCUUCAGAUACUAGACGCGAACAUCGUGCAUUUACAAUACUUCCCCAUCGAAAUAGGCCAUCUGUUUCUGUUGAAGCACCUCGCCUUGCUGACAUCCGACUUUGAGAACAAGGUCGGAGUCAUCGAGUACUUAUCUGAUUUGAAAAAGCUCGAAACAUUAAUCCUUAUGUCGCAAUCUAGGCUUCGCCGCCGCGACUUGUAUCUACUUCCAUUGGCGACGUGGCGAAUGCCCCGGCUACGGCAUCUUAUCUUGUUCGACAUGUGCUUGGCUGAUCCGGGCGCGCCAAAAUUAACAAUCUUUAAAAGCCUCGAAACUCUAUCGCGAGUUUCAAGCUUCAUAUGCUCCGAAUGGGCCGUGAAACUUGUCCCGAAUCUUAAAAAGUUGAAGAUCUUUUAUCAAUCCGGCGACAUUGCCAAAACCGGAUGGUCCGAAUACAUGCUUACCAAUCUCUUCCUACUCUCUUCUCUCGAGAAGCUAAACCUCCACGUCGAAGGCCCAACGAGCGACACAUUCCCAUUGCAAAAGUCCGACAUUUCUUUCCCGGCGUCGCUUAAGGAGUUAACCUUAACUUCCUGUCGACUGCCGUGGCACGAUCUGAGUGUCGUCGGAUCAUUGCCGAAGCUCCAACUUCUGAAACUGCGAGACAAUGCCUGUUGUGGCCAAAGAUGGACGACGAAUGAGGGCGAGUUUAGUCAGCUAAAAGUGCUCGUCAUCGAGAGAUCUGAUCUCCGGGAAUGGGUGGUCGAUGAACCUUCGCAUUUCCGGCGACUCGAGAGCUUAUAUCUAUCUUUUUGUACAGCAUUGGAAAAGAUUCCAACGAGCAUUGGAGAUAUAAACACACUUGGAUUGAUAGAGGUGCAAUCCUGCAAGCCUUCCGCCGUCGAAUCGGCUAAUUCGAUCAGAGAAGAACAGAGGGGCUAUGGAAAUUAUCAGCUUCUUGUUCGUAUAUUCCAACCGGAUCCCGAUCCAAGAGGCUUAAGAAAGCGUAAGGAGGCUGUUGAAAGGAGAUCAGUAUUCAGACAAAACAAGCGAUGGUUGGAGUAAUCGAUCCGAUCGACCAACGUCGUGUAAUGCAAUGAGAAUCAAGUGUAAGAAUAAGUGGUAUAUAUAUAACAUCAAGUAAUUGUGUGAUUUGGUUUCCGGUUUUAUUAUUCUUUAACUUUGUUUUUUCUCAAAAAUAUCAAAUUAAAUACUAUUUUUUAUUUA